AUGGAGAGUAUUAACAUAUGUGUCAUAGGGGCCAAUGGAGUGGGCAAGUCCCAUUUCAUACAGAGAGCCAUGUCUCUACCACGUGUUCCAGGCCCAAAUCCCACAACGGCACGCAUUAAUAUCGACAACGUACCUUACGCGGUUACCUUAUUCGAGUUGGAUCUUGAAUACUUUGACGUAGAUCCCGAUCGCCAAAUUAAAUGGCCGAAACAAAUGGGUGGUGCCAUAUUACCUUGUGUAAAUGGCGUCCUACUCUUAUAUGAUGUAAUGAACCGAGAGAGUAUCAUAGAAUUACCUCAAAUCUUGAAUGCCCUGGUCAAUUCGUCUUUGCCCGCAGUUCUCGUUGCGACGAAAUGCGACAAUCCGGAAACCUCGAGACAUAUCGACACCGAAGCAGUUUCUGCAGCAUGUCAAUCGUGUCUUGCGACUUACAAGACAUCUGCUAGCAAACCGGAGAGCGCAAGAAUAGCUUUGUCAACACUUCUCAAGCAUUUAGUGUUAAGAAGCCAAGAGGGUGAUAGCGAAGGAAUGGGUCCAAGGCGUAGGGCAGCUUCCGCUGCGCACCUGGACUUGCAGUUAGAAACAGCAAGCGCCAGGCCAUUGAGCCAACACAGUAAACACAGUCGCGCUAGUUCGGAUAUGUCGCUGCUUCAAAGCUUCCCUCCCCAAUCAAGGGCGGAUUAUCGACACUCAAGGUCACCUCGCGUUGAUUAUACAGGAAGUCAUGUGACCAGUCAAUUCCCGGAUAGUACUGACGACGACCCAUCCCAUUCCGUUUCUAACAUGCUCCGUACCCCAGGCAUAAGAUUGGACCGCUCACAACAUACCGCUUCGUUCUUCGACAUCGAGGACUCCGACGCAGACUCGUUGCGAUAUUCCGACGACAUACCUUUACUGCAGCGGAGCGACGAGACGGUUUUUGAACGUCCCGCAAAGAAACUCGGCGUCACUUUCGAUGAGCUGGUAGAACGUCUUAUCGGACCCAAAAUGUCGAGGGCAGACAACAACUUCAUGGACAUUUUCUUGUGCUUAUACCGAAAGUUCUCAACUCCUGGAUUUCUAUUGUCCUCUCUCUUAUCCCGCCUAGACCGUGUCAAGGACGACAAAUCUGUACAUUAUCUUACCAAGACUGCCGCGCAACUUCGAAUUAUUGAGGUAAUUGCUAAGUGGGUGGGGACAUACCCUGGGGAUUUUGCGCGACCAACGACAAGAAGAAACCUUGAGGACAUCAUCAGACAUUUAUCCUCCGAGCCUAUAUUCUCUGCGGCUGCGCAGCAAAUACGUAGGACUCUAGAGUCCAGUACAAUCGAAGCUGACGACACAGGGUGGGAGAAGUCUGAUAGUUUCGAGGACUCAAUAGACGAAAACGAGGCAUUUUCCAAUUUCACAAAAGACUCUUCGAGGCGUUAUGCCGAUCUAUCAGAGAGUAUAAGCUCUUUGGGUGUGGACGACCAAAUCGAACGACGCCCUUCGGCGAGUUCGUCCUUUCAGACGGAUGGUGGGGCGGCUGGGAAGAUACACUCAUUCCAGUUUCACUCAUACGAAGACUACGAACGAGAAGCCGCAACAAUGGUUCCCACAUACACAUUACCUCUACAUAAGUUCCGUUAUCACAUAUUUAUGGCCACGCUAAACGACGACAUCGCAGACGAGAUGACGCGUAUUGAUUGGGUCAUGUUCUCCUCGAUUCGCAUACGUGACUUAGUUCGACAUGUCAGCUUGACUGCCGAGCAAAAGGAGAAGUGCAAGGCUAUGAAAAACGUGAAUCGGAUGAUUGCCCAUUUCAACCACAUUGCAUCUUGGGUUUCUAAUAUGAUCCUUAUGCGAGAUAAAGCUAAGCACCGGGCGCAGAUGCUCGAGAAGUUCAUGAACAUUGCUUUGAAGUUGAGGCAGCUCAACAACUACAACGGUCUCGCGGCCAUGUUAGCUGGCAUCGGCGGAACGGCUAUCCAUCGUCUUUCCCAGACCCGGGGACUCGUGUCGACUGACGUGCAGAAACGGUUUGCGAGACUGCAACUCCUGAUGGGAUCACAAAAGAGCCAUUUUGCGUAUCGGCUAGCGUGGGAAAACUCGCCAUUUCCACGCAUCCCAUUCAUCCCGUUACAUCGUCGAGACAUUGUUGCGGCUGAAGAGGGUAGCAAGACACUUGUGGGACCGCAAGGCGAUCGAAUCAACUGGAAAAAGUUUGAAAUUUUGGGAGAGAUCCUCCUGCCAAUUAUGAAAAGCCAGAAUACACCGUAUCCGAAUUUGUCCAGGCAUGACACGGCGAGGGAGCUUAUUCUAGACUGCUUGAUGCCAACAGACGAAGAGGACAUUUAUCAGCGCAGCAUUGAGGUAGAGUCGCCUAGUGGUGGUUUGAUCGACCCUGGGAAGAAGAAGUUCCCUUGGUUUGCGAAGUCAUAA